UUUUACAACAGCUGCAGCUGUUGAUCGUGUACGGUAUCGCUGUAUCAGUGUAUCGGUAUAUUAUUCUGUUCGCUUCGCUUUUGUCAGAAGCUGAGCUCGGAAAUCAAAUAUCAAAAUGUCUUCGGACUAGAUUACUAGAGCAACUUGUUAGAUUAAUUACAAAUUUACAAACAUUAGAGAGAAAAAAUUCAUAAACUCCAUGUCAUAGUUCUUAGUACACUCUGAGACUAACCGUACAGUAUUUCUAAUAUUAUUACCAUCUUAUAUCGAUAUUGUUGCACACUUGCUCCUACGAGGCUACGAAGCUACAUAUCUACCUGUUACAGGAAAGUACAUCAUAUUAUUACAAUAAUAUAUAUUCCCAGAGACCGAAAUCGAAAAUGCUUCUCGUCAAAUGUCUGUGAACCCUAGUGCGUUGAAUCAACGACCCCGAUAUCUCUAUUGUUUCUUGUCAAAAUGGAAACCGUCAAUUGGAACUCUCUUCCCAGCCUGGCUCUCCACCAGGUGUUCACUCACCUAUCACCUGAAUCCAGAGUGGCCGCUUCGUCCACUUGCAAACACUGGAGAACCGCUCUAUACCAUCCGCAGUUCUGGCACAGUCUGGUUCUGGACAUAUCGUCUGCUGGAACUUCAUAUGCUGAAGUCAAGUCUAAAGUGAAGCACGCCAAUAAGAACCUAGUGACGUUGGUACGUGACAUCCACCUUGCAUUUGAUUCCCGUAGCACUCAGUGCUUUGAAUUGGCGUCAUCUGUUGUCAAGGCGUUGAUGGGCAAUCAACUGUUGAGAAACGUUGACAUUGAACUCAAUCACUGUGAGUUGUCGAAGGACGAAAUAUUUCAGUACAGGUGGUCAAUUCAAAACUAUUUUGAGUUUGCUAUUCUCAAUGUCGUGCAGAAAGGAAACAUCGAAGGGUUUAGUUUUGGAUAUUUUAUGUUUUACUAUUGGAAUGCUUUGAUUCAUAUGCUAUCCAAAUAUAGUUGUGAUAGCUUAAAACGUUUGGAACUAGCUGGAUUGGGACCAUCGAUUUUUAACGAAGAGAGCAAAACGACAUGUUUUAAUUCUACUUUUGAUAGUAUGUCAUCGCUAAUCAAUUUAAAGAAAUUAAGUUUAGACCUAAAUUCCAAUACGUGCAAAUUGCUUCCAGCAUUGUGUUCAAUGUCUCAAUUGGAAAUCCUUGUUUUACAUGUUCAUAAUGAGUUGGAUAUAGAUAUAAGUGAUGAUAUUUGGGCAGAUAUUAAAAAAUACUGCCCGAAACUUGAACUAAGAUUAACAAUUAUCAACUGUCAUAUUGUUGCUAAGCACCUUCAUACUAAGUUACUUCGUCCAUCAAUGCCAUUGACACAUCUCAAAGUUCUUUUUUGUAAUGUAAUGAAUAUUGAAGUAUUACAUAAAUUACUGGACUAUAGAAGUACAUUUCAAUCAUUAAUUUGGGUUGACGAACAAUCAAUGAACCCUGCUGGCUUACUUAAAGGACAUUGGCAUCUUGAACCUUCUGCAGAUGGCAUUGAAACUAAUCCACUGAUAAUAUUGUCAUGGGUUUGCAGCAAACUUACAGAACUUGUUGUAUUGGGAUACUUUAUUGAACCAGUGGACGUAUGUGGAAUUGCAAGACUGAGAGGUUCUAACUUAAAACGGUAUGAAUUACUAGAAGAAGAUAUUUGCUUUCAUCAACCACAAACUGAAAUGAUUUAUGAUGAAGUUAUUUUAGAUGUAUCAAACUGGAUGGAUACAAAUUGGAAACCGUUAAAUAAAAAUAAUUUAUUUGUAAGUCAUUCACAUUACAUUUUGAAAUGUAUUUCUAAAGAUUUAACAACAAAAUUAGAUAUUAAUUAAAAUUUACCACAACAAUAACUUAAAAUACCUUUAUUAAAUUUACAUAAUACAUUAUAUUUUGUGGUCAUUAAUAAUUAGUUAGCACGAAAAAAAACAAUAUCUUAAUUACGAAAAAAGGUUUAAAUUACAAAAUUAAAUAUACACUUUAAAAAUCCUUCUUAAAAAUAUAAUUUGUUGUUAAAUCAUAAUAUGUAUUAAUAACAAAUUACACUUUUUUUAUGCCGAUUGUGUGGUUAAAAAAUUACGGUUGCAAAUUAUAUUUACAUAAUUUGGAAGUACCUAUCUAGAACUAUGAUUCAAUAAUUUAUUAGCAUACAAAUGUAAAGUAUUGUAGAAGAUUCAAAUGGUAAUAGUAAAUAAAAUACUCUAAUAUUGUUUUACUACCACACCCUAAUUCACUCUAAAACAAAAACAUUGAAUCAUAGAUGUUGUUUAAAGAAACAAUUUUCAAUCUAGUCCUAUUUUAUUUUUAUUAACCUUUUUUUUUUUGUUAUUCUCUACUUUAAAUCCAUUAUUCAUGGCAAUUGUAUACAAUGAUUCUGUCAUUGAUUCAUUUUAAUGUUUUUUUACUUUUGGAGUUUGUUUAAAAUUUUAAAUAAUAUGGAAUCAUUUUGAAAAGAAAGAACUUUAUAAUUUUUUCGCUAUUUUCCAAAAUACAAAAUAUCUUAUAUAGGAACAUUUUAAAAUUUUGAUUCAUUACAUAUUAUAUAUUUUUUACACUAAUUUUAUAAUAUGUGAAAGGUUUAGUUCAAAAAAAGUAUUAGAUACUUUAUUUUUUGUUUAAAAUGUAUAAUAAUAAAAGAAAAUGUUAUUUAACAUACCUAUUUAAAAAUCUGAUAACCAUAAGAAAGAUGAUUGAAAGUUACCAAGGUACAUUUUUCAUUUACUUUAUUUAUUGAUUAUUAUGUUACAAUAUCAGUGUUGUACACUUUCAUUUAUUUUUCUAAUUCAUACUUGACUAAAAAAUUAAACAUGAUAAAACAAUCGUAAUAUUCGAAUAGUAUUUGCUAAUUUCAAGUUGAAUUUUUACUUAAUAAUAAAUCACCAAGAUCAAUUUUUUAUGCAAUGAUCAAUCCAAUUGCUUUAAAAUAAAACAUUUGUUUUCAAUAAUGAUAAAAACAAAAUAUUUAUAUUGUAUUAUGUUAGCAAAAGUGUUCCUACCACAAACUAUAUAACUAUGUGGUUCUACUUAUAUAACGAGUGCAACUCAAAAAAAGCACAUUUUACUAAUUAGACUGUGAUAACAUCUGUUAAAAUAUGUACAACAUUAUAGUGUUUAGGCAAUUAGAACUGGUCGUGACUAGAACGGACCAUCAGAGAGUUGUUAAUACUGUUAAAAAUAAUAUUGUUGAAAUGUGUCUAUUAAAAUAUAUAUAUAUAUAUAAAUAUCAUAAAAAUGUAAAAGAACGUGAUUUUAGAAAUUUUUGAUUAAUUAAGAUCUAAAUUAUUGUGAUGUUUAAAAAGAUCAUUUCUUAUGUUGUUAAUGUAGGUUAAUUGUCUAUAACCAUUUUAUAAAAGACGUAAGAACUGUAACAAUUGUUUUGUUAAUAUUGUUAAAAUUGUUACGAUGUAUUUGUGUGAAUAUUUUUCAACAGUAACACAAGUAACACAAACAAAACUAUGACUGAGCGAAUAUGAUGAAAACAAUUCGUGAUAGAUUAUACUUGUUAUCAUAAAAAAUUUUUUUUUUCUGUGAUCGAUAACAAAAAUAUUAAAAGAACGUAUUCAAAAUCUUAAAAUAAAUCCUUUGUUUUUAACAAACUUAAACUCAUCUCAAAACAAAGGAAUACGCACUGAUUUUGGAUUUAUUUUAUUUAUUUUUAUUAUAUUGUUAUCCAGUAUUAAUAUUGGAUUUUUAGUAAAUUAAUUACUAUUUUAUUCUAUUUAUAGUCCAUAUGUUGAUAUUAUGAUUUAAAAACUAUUUAUUAAUAGUUAGGAAAUAAAAUAAAAAUAUUUUGUUUUGAAUUUGUAUUUAAUAUUUUAAAAUACACUUAUUGGCUAUUAGUUAUUUAGACUAUACUAUAUUUAUAUUACCUAUAUUAGUAUAUAACCUAUAUCUUUAUAGAAAAUUAAUAACCAACAUAUUGUUAAAAAAUAAGAUAUUAUUCCUUCAGAGAAGUAUUGUACUCUUAGUAUCCUAAUAAUGUUAAAAAAAAUUAAUUUGUGUAUUCAUUCAUGUAUUCUUUGCUUGUGUUCAUUGUUACAUCUUUAGCUAAUUAUAUGGUUUAUAAUAUUAAACUAAUGUCUUCUAACAGACAUUAGUAGACAACAAAAAUAAUAAAUUUUUUAUAUUUAUUAAAAUAAUUUUUUUAACAAAUGCAAUGUUAAACUUAUGUGGCAGUAAUAAAUAUUAUAUUGGACUAUAAUUUAAAUCUAUCUUGAAAAUCUGUUUUUGUCGGAAUUCUAUCAUUUUUAAAAUGUUAUUUGUUAAAAAAAAUUAUAUAUUUAAGAUUUUAUUAUUCCCCUACUUAAAGAUAAAAAUUACAUUUUAGUGUGCACUUGUACAAUUUAAUCUCUGUUAAAAACGGUUUUAUAGUUUUUAUUUUUUUUUUUUAAAGUCAAAUUUCAAACGUUAUUAUUAGUUUAACUAGAUUUAUUAAUGUAGUAAUGUACCUACUCCACUGCCACUACAUCAAAAUAUAAUUAUCCUCAGCUAAAACGAACUUGAUAAAAUACUAUAAAAUAUGUUUUAACCAAAUGCUAGAAUUUUAAUUCAUGUUUAUUGAUGUUAUUAUAUUAUAUAAGUUGUAUUAUUAUUAUUAUUUAAUUUUAUCUUAUUUUUAUUGUAUUAGAAUCAAACUUGUUCUUAUAAUCUAUAAUUGUUAAUUUGUAUUAAAUUUAUAUUUAUGGGUUCAUGGUUUGAUUGAUCAUGGUAAAAUAUAAGUGAUCAACACAAUAUAUUAUUCAAAAAUAAUUUACAUAAAUAAGUUGAUCAACACAUUAUAUUAUUCAAAAAUAAUUUAUAUAUAUAUAUAAGUGUAUUCAUUAUGAAUUAUUGUAAAAUAGAAAAAAAUCAUU